AUGGCUACCCACCAGACCGCCAAAACACAAUACGUAUCCACUCCCGAUGGGACAAUCACCUUCGCGUACCGUCACAUUGGCACUCCCAAUAAGGACAACGUCCCGCUCCUCUUCCUAAUCCACUUCCGUGUCACAAUAGACAAGUUGGAUCCCUUGCUGAUCAAUUCGAUCGCUCAAUCUCGUCCUGUGAUCCUGGACUCUGCAGGGGACAUGGCGACGUUUAUGGCAUUGUUGGGAGUGAAGGAACUUGACGUUCUCGGGUUUAGCAUCGGCGGGUUUGUGGCCCGGCUGCUCGCUUUGAACCACGCGGACGGAGACAGGUCGAAGGGCAGAAAGCUGAUCAUCUGCGGAUCCACAGCAAGUGUCGGACCAGAUAUGCCUGAGACAGACAACGGCUAA